ACACGGCACAGCGGGUUUCCACACUGAUCAGGCAUAAUGCACAUGUCUCAUGCGAGUUGAACGUCGGUCGCGGCAUCUGCCGCAAGGGGCAUGGAUUAUAACCCUUCCUAUCACCGUGUGUACUCGAACCACAGCUGCUGAACUCUCUCCUCGUGUACGAACCACAUGGCCAGUGCCGCUGUCUGCGUCUCCAUUGUCAUACUUUUCUUACCCGGCGUUAGCGCGCAACACCAGGAGGACGUACGAAACAGCUUUGAGCUCGCUGCGAGAGCAGCAGACAAACAGGCAGUCAAGGACGGCGACUAUGCCAAAUGGUGCAACAGUUUCUUGACCACCCUUUUGAAUAUACACUGGUUUGGCCAACAGGCUGGACUUGAAGAAGAAGUCAAGGGACCAGUGCUCGAAUCCUUGCGAGUAUCAGACUCGGAGCGCGAACUGCUCUCCCGCGCCCUGAAGGUCCUUGAGCAAGAGCCGGAAAACGAAGGUGCACUGAAGCUAUUCACGGAGGGCGCCCUCAAUCAAGUUAAUGAAGCCGCCAUCCCUCGUCUGCUUUUUACUGGAGGAGGAAGCUACCGUGGCAAAUUUCAACUGGCCAUUUGCUCGGAGAAGAACGACGCCGUUUCAGUGACUUCUUUCUUCCUCGAAUUUGAUGUCAAUGGGGCACGAUGUAGCCCCCUUCUCUACUCUGAUGGCAAGGUGGAAACCAAGACAACAGUAUUGAGCCACAUCUAUAGUUUGAAUGAUGGGCUCUACGGAAAAAUUCGCAAUCGAAUCAAGGACAAACUUAUGGCAACCGGGAUAUCUAAGCAGGCAACUAUCUUCGCAUUGUAAAAUGUAUUGCAGGGUUACUCGUGCAUGUAUGUAAUAUAUUGAGCACGGUCCAGUGUGAAGCAACUUUCUAUGUUUUGCCAGUAGUCAUGUAUGUAAUGGCUUUCGCCGUUCGAGUAGACUGCGCCGCAAUGCUGAAGUCGAACGGUUACUCCAAGUGUGGCGUUCUUUCACCGAGUGGACUCU